GGAAAACAGAGGAGCGAGCGAGGCGGGCCAAGGAGAGAAAAUAGGCUCCUCGCGGCUCGCCAAGGCCGUAUUCUGCAGCCAGCCACCGCCACUCUCCGCCGCCGUGAUCCGCCUCGGUUCCGCCGUGCCGGGGCUGCUCGAGAGAGCGAGGGAGCCGCUCGUGUCUCGCCGCCUCCGGCCGAUAUCAUAUUUUCCUCUUAUCCUGCCCUCCCCGUGGUUUGGGUCUCAGGGACCAAACCAUCCCGCCGCGGCUUGCUGGCGAGCUGAAGUGCUUUUCUUAGUUACCAACUGGUGUAUUUUCGCAGACAUAAUUGAUUGUCCUUCGCUGGAGUUUACCAAUGUCGGCAGGAGCCACUGUAAACUGGAUCAGAACCCCAUUUCACACCCAGAGAUUUCAUGACUUCUCAAGUUUAAGUUUUAGAUGCCGAAACACUUUUGGAUCAAUUCAGCCUUGCUGGUUGGCAACUGAUCAGGAUUCAUCCCUCUCCAAAGUCCGUGUGGCUGCAGACUACUCAGAUUCAGUGCCAGAUUCCAAGUACAUGAGAGAUCGGGGAUACCAUCCUCUUGAAGAAAUCAAAGAACGCCCAAAGAAAAAGGACAUUUCACUGACAGAUGUAGAAACAGCUAGAACAGUAGUAGAGGCAAAUAGCAAGGGAUUGCUCGUAUUUCCUGCCAGGGUGCAUAAUGAACCUCAUGGACAUGUUUCUUGGUCAGAAUUUCAGUAUGUUGUUGAUGACUAUGGAGACAUUUUCUUUCAAGUACCUGAUGACGGGAACAUCUUGGAAGAUGAUGAUGCAAACAACCCUGUGACAGUUUUUAUCGGAACGGAUGGUGCCAUUAUCGGUGAAACUAGUGCGGUAACUAGUGAUUUCAGCGACCACGUGGUCGUUGAGGAUUCUAUGGACAUGCAUGAUAAUGACAGCAAGGUUGAUACAGAAAUAACGGAUAUUCUUAUAGAGUGGGGAAUGCCGGUGACGAUGCGUUCAAUACAUCCUAUAUAUUUUGCCAAGUGUUUGACAAAGGCUGUUCAUGAUAAUCAUGGAGAGAAGAUUGAUAAUCCAUCAAACGGUGUCUCUAUUGUAGGAUACCUGAGACCUGCUUUUAUCGAAGAAGAGUCUUAUUUGAGGAGUUUAUUUGGUGCUGAAUACAGUGCCGAUGGUUAUUCAUCUAAUUGGAGAGAGGAAUACAACAGAGAACCCCAGCCAGCUUCUGGAACCAAUGGCCUAAUUGAUGGUGAUAAAUCGAGAUUGGACAUCAACAAUACGGAAAGUAGCAUUGAUUCAACCAUCUACAAGCUGGAAAUGAUGUCAAUUGAGCUGUUUUCCGUCUAUGGUAAGCAGUUUAUGAUUGAUCCACAAGACUUUCAAGAUGCAGAACCAGAUCUUCUUUCAAAUCAUGCUUCGGACAUUAUAAAACGCGUCAAAGAAAACAGUGAUCAGUGUACCAUGGCUCUAAGGUCCCUCUGUAGCCGGAAAAAAGGCCUUACAGUAGAGGAUGCAAGUUUGAUAGGUGUCGAUAGUCUUGGUAUCGACGUCAGAGCCUUUUCUGGCUUGGAAGCUCGGACCGUUCGAUUUUCAUUCAAUGCCCAGGCGUUAUCUGAACGUUCGGCCGAAAAGAAGAUCAAGCGAAUGCUUUUUCCACGUUAUCGCAAGACCGUGAAAGUUUCCGCUGAAGAUGAAUGUUAGCCAACUUAUUUAUUUUUAGCUUCGAACGCCUAACAGUAAGCUGGUGAGGACAAGGGGUGUGCAGGGAACUCAACAGAAGAUGUGCACCCAGUCAGCUCCCAAUUCGUUAGGAGAAGCUAACACCCGUCGACAUGAAAUGACCUCAAGUGCUAGAGUGCUCGAUCGAGGUUUCGGCUUGGUCGGCUAUAUAGAAGGCCGACCACCCAUGGUUUCUGACAAAUAAGGUGGAUGCCAUGUAUAGAGGAGCAUCCUUGGAUGCGACGUGAGGCGAUCCGGUGUCGGUGUGCAAUCUGCAACCGACCAAGUUUCAUCGGUCAUAAGUUUCCCUCUGAAAGAAAUAAGAUGCAGGAAACACAGGAUACAAAGUGACAGCUCUGCCUCUUUGGCCUGAAUAAACGACGUCUUCUUACAUGUAACUAACUUGCUCUCAUCCGUUUCCUUUACAUGCUGAACAAAAAUGCAAUUAUAUUUUGCGCCAACAUGCUGCUGUCGAAACAUCGAUGGUGUGGCUGCAAUAAAAAUAUUACUUUGCCGUUAUGUUUGGAGAGGCAUCA